AUGUCAGGAUUGAGAGCUCAUUUCAACCAAAACCCAGUGACACCACCAGUCGAAGCAAUUGGAGAUCCGAUUGAAACACAUGGAGGAACAUAUGAACCUCCAAGUGGGACCGCGACUCCCGCUGAACCCAUCCCAUUCUCAAGACCAUCGACACCUACGCCCGCACAUGACCAACUUGCCUUCGUCGGUUUAGGUGAAAUGGGUAAAAGAAUGGCAUCCAACUUGGCUAAACAUCUGACGAGUGAUGGACAACCACCUCUUAUGGUAUACAAUAGGAAAGAAGAUGGAGUACACAAGUUCUUGAAAUAUGCCGAAGAUCAUAACGUUCCGGAAAGCGCUUAUACGGUAGUGAACGAUCUUGAAGAGAUUGGAAGAACCGCCGAUAUGGUAAUCACUUCUCUCGCAGGGGAUGAAGCUGUAGAAGCUGUCUAUGAACAGUUAUUCCAGGGUCAAGAGACACAAAAAGGUACAGGAGAUGGAAUCGUUCCAGGUGGAAGGGGGAGAACCACCAUCUUCGUGGAUACCAGUACUAUUUACCCUACAACAGCUGGUAAACUUGAAAUUCAAGCGCGUUCGUCACCUCAUCGUGUAUUCCUAUCAUGUCCCGUAUUCGGUGUACCAAAAGCAGCGGAAACUGCAGAUUUGAUCUUGGCUAUUUCUGGUGACUAUUUCGCCAAGAAACAUGCAGCACAUGCUCUCGUUCCUGCCAUAGGUAGAAAAGUGAUGGAUUUAGGCAGUAAUGUUGAACGAGCUAUGAGCUUCAAACUAGUAGGAAACGCAUUAGAAUUAGGAUUCAUCGAACUCUUAGCUGAAUGUUUCACGUUGUGUGAUCAAUCAGGUGUAGGAUCUGAUAAAUUAGUAGAAUUAAUCAAAGAACAACAUAAAUCACCUGCGUUAAUUAGAUAUUCAGACAGAAUCACCAAAAACAAAUUCAAUAGUGAAGGUGGAUUCAAUCUGGGUGGUGGAAUCACCGAUGCUAGAAACAUUCGACAGCUCGCUGAAGAUCAUAACGUACCAAUGCCAGUGAUGGAUGUAGCUCAACAACACAUGUUAUCAGCUCGUGCUCACGGCGGUGAUUUGAUGGAUUGGACAGCUUUAGUAGGUGGUCAAAGAAUAGCAGCAGGUUUGAAACCAUUUGCAGGAAGAGUGAGACUUGAGAAAUACGAAGAUAAAUAA